GCUGAGGUGUUGGCGUCAGCUGACUCUCACAUGCUUUUUAGUUGUUGUCUUCAGUGUUUUUUGACUCACUCGCCAGGUGCUGCUCAUCCUUUCCGCUUCUCCUUUUUAUUUUUUGGUCUGCAUCCUCUCACACGGCUGAAGGAGGGAAACAUGAAGGCUGAUUUGGAGGCGUCUCUGCCUGCUGGACAGGAUGAAUACGCCAUCCGCUGCCGGGACGUGUGCCGGUCGUACGGCAAACUGAAAGUCCUCACGAACCUGAACCUCACCGUACCGCAGGGGCAAAUUUAUGGUCUUUUGGGGCCCAGCGGCUGUGGGAAGACCACCCUUCUGAAAUGCAUCGUGGGAACGCUGAAGAUCUCGCGGGGUCACAUCACAGUGUUGGGAAAGCCGCCUGCAUUUCCCGGCCACGCCGUCCCGGGCAAGAUGGUUGGGUACAUGCCACAGGAACUGGCGUUGUACAAUGAGUUCACCAUCAGCGACACCCUCACGUUCUUUGGCCGGAUUCACGGCCUUACGUCGAAGGAAACGCAGACGCGGAUGGAGUUCCUCAUCGACUUUUUAGAUCUACCUCAGAAACACAGCCUGGUCCGAAAUCUCAGCGGGGGUCAGCGGCGCCGCGUGUCUCUGGGAGCGGCUCUGCUGCAGAAUCCCGAGCUGCUCAUCCUGGACGAGCCGACGGUCGGAGUGGACCCCGUGCUCAGGGCCAAGAUCUGGCAGCAUCUGGUGGAGAUUGUAAAGACGGGGAAAGUGUCGGUCAUCAUCACCACGCACUACAUCGAGGAGGCCAGGCAGGCCAACGUGGUCGGUCUCAUGCGGAAUGGUCGCUUGCUGGCUGAAGGCCCUCCAGAAGCAGUCAUGAAGCAGCACAGUGCGACGACCCUGGAGCACGCCUUCCUGCAGCUGUGCGAGACGUCGGACCGGGUCGGCUCCAAGCGUGGCUCCAGUCCGCAGGGAACCGGGCCCCUAGAAAACAGCCAGUCGUUCGACAGCGGGCGUGACGAGAGUCAGCCCAUUCUCGCAAUCGGACCUGCAGCUACAGACGAAAUUCCCAAAUGUUCAGCCGACUGGAAGGUGCGAGCCAGACACGUGCUGCCCAAGUGGAGGAACAUCACCGCUCUGAUGAUUAAGACCCUGGUGCGGAUGAAGAGGAUGCCGGGCUCGCUGUGUUUCCAGUUCCUGCUGCCCGUCAUCCAGAUCUCUCUGAUCUGUUUGUGCGUCGGAGGAGACCCGAGGGGGAUCCAGGUGGCCGUGGUGAACAACGAGACCUCCUCCUCUGCUUACAGCCACUCGCUGCUCUCCUUCCUGGACAACUCCAGCGUGCACCAGGUACAUUUGUCUCACAAAGAAGCUUUGGACGGGAUCUAUAACGGAGAGUACUGGGGAGUCAUCGGCUUUGGACAGAACUUCACAAGUUACCUGACCAAACGGAUGAUCCAGCGGCAGGUUUCCAGAGACGUGGUCGAUGGAGGAUCGGUGCACGUGUGGCUGGACCUGACAAAUCGACAAAUCGCCCUCAUGCUGCAGAAGAAGCUGCACGAGGCCUUUCAGGCUUUUGUGGACAGUAAGUUGGGAUCCAUGGCGUACAUGGCAGCUCUGCCUAUAAAGUUUGAAGAGCCAAUCUAUGGCAGCCAAAACACAGACUUCACCACAUUUGUGACACCGGGAGCUGUUCUCAGCAUCACCUUCUAUCUGGCCGUGGGCCUGACGGCGCUGUCCUUCGUCCUGGAGAGGAAGGAGGGCCUUCUAGACAGAUGCUGGGUCGCAGGCGUGAGCUCCAUGGAGACGAUGCUGGCUCACCUCUUCUCUCAGCUGUUUGUCAUCAGCGUCCAGAUCAUCAUGCUGCUCCUCUUCAUCCUGCUCGUCUUCAAGAUGCCUAACGAAGGCUCCUUGGUGCUGGUCAUCAUCCUCAUCGUGCUGCAGGGCGUCACCGGGAUCUCGUUUGGUCUCGUCAUUUCGUCCGCCAUCGACGACGAGCAGAGCGCCAACCAGGCCGCCCUGGGCAUUUUCUACCCCAACCUCAUCCUCAGCGGUAUCAUCUGGCCUGUGGAGUGUAUCCCGUAUCCCCUCCGCUACCUCAGCCUGGCUCUGCCUCAGACCUACGCCUCCGAGGCCCUCCGCUGUAUCAUGUACAGAGGCUGGGGUCUGUCUCGGAUGAUGGUGUGGCGAGGAUUCGCCGUCACUCUCGGCUGGAACACGUUUUUCCUCAUCCUGGCGACGGUCAUCCUGAAGCUGAGGACGUGAAGGCCUUGCCUUGGAGGACUUCCCUUUGAGAGCGCCACCGAGCUGUCAGGUUCAACCUGGAAGUCAGCGUCCCGCCUGCUCCUCCUCUUCUACCAGCACCCAGCGGUGCUGCGAGACGGAAGAGAUAACGGAAGAGGAGGAGGGGACAUCACUGAGGGACUGACGAGACGACGCAUCAGUCUCCCUCCUCAUUAUCUGUCUCUCUCUCUCUCUCUUUCACACACACACAUACACACACACGCGCAAACACACGAUGCCGUGGUCUUCAGUCAGAAGCCUGAUCCUGCAACACCUGCUGUGAUUUCGGUUUGCUACACAUGGAGGUGUGCCGGACACGAUAUGCACAGUGUGCUAAAAUGUAUUGGCUUCAUUUCCGUCAGCAGCUUCUUGAACAUUUUCACCACUCCAACGGCCGGCACCAACUCAGGGUCACACUUCCAAGUUUCUGUUUUACCCGCAGUCUUAAUGCUGACAGUGAGAUUUUUCAGUUCGAAGACUUUUCAGGACAGUCAGUGGAGCCUCAGCAUUUCGGUGGAAAAAGAAGUAAAGAUUGACUGAGAACGCACUGACUGCAGCUGUACGAUGGCGUUAAUGUUUGCACAGUAUUUGUCAUGUGAUUUACAUUAUAUCUAUAGAGAAAAUGUUUGCAAACCUUAAAAAAAAAAAAAAGGCGGUUUUAGCACAAGAAAAUGUGACAUUGUUUGCCAAGCAGAAAAAUUUAGAGAAACGAUGAUUGUGUGACGUUGAGGGGAACGGAGGGAUUUGUCUCCCGUUCAGGCCUCCCACAGUAACGUUCUCAGCAGCAUUAGCUUGUGCUUAACCUCACCGGCUUUUUCAGUUCAGGUUAUUGGUCUUCUCCAUAACUUGUGUUUUGUGCCUACGCCCCGGCGGGAGGAGGUUGGUGACGGGUGAACGUGAUGAUAUUGCGUCUUCUUUUCUCAUGUUUUUGUUUUGUUUCGAUUACUUUCUACUUUGCUGGACAGAGUGGAGGUCGUCGGAAAGACUGCUUCUCACAGGUUAGCGUGUAUCAUUCACAAAUCUUUUUUUUUUAUUUUACACAGAGGUUUUAAAUUGUACCGAAACAUUAUAUACUUUGGAGGAAAGCACAGAAGGAGUGACGCAGCAUGUGGGGUUGGUGUCUGCACUGUGAAAACAUACAAACUACAGAAAUGAAGAAUAAACCGAGUUGAGUUAUAGAUAACGAUUGUUUUCUUUCCUUCUUUUUGUUUUUAUUUUCUCAGAAUUUAUGACGAGAAAAAUUUGAUUUUUGAAACAUGUAAUAUGUGAAAUCUCUUGAAAUCUGGUAAUUCUUUAUAGACUGCUACUGUUUAUACUCAUGAAUUCACCCCUCCCCCCCCCCAAAAAAAAAACUUAUUUGAAACUUCUUUAUUUCUAUAAUUAAAAAAAAUUCAUUUAAAAAAAGUGUCUUUUAAAAACAAAUUUUCAUUUUAAAUUAGUUUCUCAAAAAAUUACCCCAUGGCAUAACUCCAAAUUUCUUCUUCUACUUUCAGUUUUUUAUUUCGAAGAUUCAGAGGCAUUUUGCAUUCUCUUUAAAAAAAAAAAAAACAAAAAAAAAAAACAUCAAAUUUUAUUAAAUUACUAGGAUACGUUCAUAUGAGCAACAAAAAAAUUGUGGAUUCUGUUUUAUUUGUGAGCAACAUGAAUUUAUUUGACUAAAAAAUAUGUUUUUUUUCCACUACAUUUUCAUAAAAUGCCAAUAUAAAUUCAUCUAAUAAAUUACCAGCACAUGUUUACAUACUUAAAUUUCAACCUAAAAUUUUAUUUUAUACAUAUGUCUCCAAUAUUAUUUUGAAGUCAAUAAAUUCACCAAACUAAUUUAAUAGGACUAAGACAGCUAUGUUCUUUCUUACUGACUUUUAACCUUUUACACGUGUCACUGCUGAACGGCUUCGUCUCACUAUUUUAAAGUGUCUCCUUUAUUUUGGGUUAAAAAGAAAAAAAAAAGCUAGUGUCAUUAUGCUUGUGUGAAUGCAAUACACUUUUCAAAAUAAUUGCACGCAGCCAUUAAUAAAACAGAGUUUAUCAAAGCAGAUUAAGGUAGUUUAUUUUUGUAUUAAAUUCUCUGAUUUUCCCACAUGGACACAUUUGAAAAAUGCUAAUUUAAGCACAUCAACCCCCACAAAACUUCAAUUCACCAAUGUUUCAUUUCAUUUCUUGUUGGAAAGAAGCACAUGAGAGCAUGGUAUUUUUGUUUCUUCUCUUUUUUAUUACUUUUAUGUAAAAAUAAAUGAAUUCAGAAUAUUGAAAAAGCAGACCAGCAUCACAUAUUGCACCAAGCAAAGUUUUACCAUGUUUACAUCCAUCAGUUCUGAAUUUAUCUGAAUAGCUUCUCAGUAGCACAUGCUUUACCAGGAAAUCUAAAGCACAUAUAUAUGAGCAUGAGUAGUGCUUUCCUGUAUUGUGAACGUUCCCUCUCUUGCAUCCACAAAACAUUAAUGGCAGUGUGUUAGCAUUCAUUUGUCCAUUAACAAGAUAAAUAAUGAAUCUUAAUGGCUGCAGAGGCCUCUGAUUGGUCUGAUUCGGGUCACUUAAUGAUGGGAUGGUGCAGAUUUACAUGCAAUAUGCUUUGUGUAGAGAUGUUACUGUGCUGUGAUUCUGCUGUUGUUGCUCUGCUUCACAUUCGUUGGUGUUCCUAUUGCACACUCUUAAGGGACAUUGUGCUCUUGAUUGGUAGAUAUAAGAGAUAUACAGAAACACCUUUCUGUCUUGGCCAGAUGACUCUGAGGAUGUAACCACUCCACACUGUGGCUCUGACAGAGCGUUUGGGGAUGACUACCUCUGUGCCUGACUCCACUCCGUGUGCAAAGUUGGUUUAUAAGUUGUGAUGUUGUUGUAAAAUCUAUUUAAUCAGUAUAAAAUUGGUGAUUUUUGUUCAGAUGUGUAUACAGAAUCGAUUGCUGCUUGAUAUCCCCACGCCUGAGCCCCAGGUGAAUGGAAAUGACAAAA